GAUAGAUCAUCAAGGAAGCACAAUACCUUGCCUCCCAUUACAAGCAUUCUCGCACUCAUCACCACUUGUCUGAUCCUCGCUGCAUCCCUGUCCGUGCGCUUUCCACUCAUCCUAUACUGCCCCUCAUGACCGGUCCAUCGAGCAUCAACAAGAGCUACGCCGACGCAUCCCACCCACCAGGGUCAGAUGGCGUUCCCAACAAGGCCGUCUCCAAGCCAUCUACGGACAAGCACGAGGAGCUACGUGAGCUACACCGCGACAAGAACCACUCUGAACAGGCCAUCGCCAACAGGUCCAGCUCUGGCAUUGGCGGUCGUGGCUCGGCGCAGAAUUAUGGACAGACCAAUAGCAGCAUAGAGGCUUCUCAUGGUUGCGGUGGAAAGGGAUCGCACCCUGAAAAGGCGGCGGCACCUGCAGGAGCAAAGUACACCGAUGGAAGCACAUCCAUGGCAGACCAGCCCGAACCACCUGCUUCGCCUGGUCUGGCCUCUAUCGACUCCCAGCGCAUGGUCUAGAUCAUGACUCUGAGUAUCCUGCAUCGUCCUGCCUUACGUCCGGAUCGUUCCACAUCUCUCCAGUCACUUCUCGCAAAUAGACGCACACAAAUAAGGUGUAAUUCACUAGCAGCAAAGCCUCCAGUGUCAGCAUGUCAUUUCUCCGGUGUGAAGGAUGUUCUAGGUUGCAAGCGGCCGCCUCAUCGAGGAGUCUGAGUACAUGGUCCCCUCCCAGCAGUUGCAAUCAUGUUAGUCGUCUAGCGAUGACAGGCGAUUCGCUCUGAGAUUCGUGACCUUUGCAUAGCCCCAGG